ACAUUCCUAUAGAAAAUGCUCCAAAAUAUAAAUUUACAAUUCGUACUGGUACAUUUUUUUACAUUUCGCGCCGCCAUUUAAUUUUUGCGCAGUACUUAAAUCAGAACAGAAUUAUGAAAAAAAUUAAUAAAAGAAGCUGCAAUAAUCCUAGCAUAAAACGAUUUUUUUCACCACAGUCCUCAGACAUACCGCGUAAAAAGCCACGCAAGACCGCGGAAGUUUCUAAUGGACAUACAAGUAAAGUCAAUGGCGUCACUUCAGAUGCACAAGAUGCAGAAAAUUGUGUUGGUGAAAUUGAGAAGGAGAAUAUUCCUGCAAGCACAGUUUCUCCGAGCAUAUCACAAAUUAAAUUUAAUUGGAAUAACUUUGUGCAGGAUCCUGGCGAUUUUAGCGAAUCUCGCUACCCUGUUACUUUUAAUACAUUCAAAACAAUGACCCACAGUACAACUGUCGCGAAAUGUAUACUAUUGGACAUAAAAAGUGCAACAGGUCUUGACUUCACAGACGAUCAAUUAAUGCUGGAUCGUGUUUUAAAAAAUUAUUACAUCCAAUUUUAUGAAAAACCACAAAUUCGCCAGAUGUAUAAACUGGAAAUAAAAGCCUGUCCGGUUUUUGUUAAAAAGAAAAUAAUGCAAAUACCAAAGGCUGGAGAAGAAAGAGAACAUACUACUGAUAUACAAAAGCCGAACAUAGAACAAAGCAAAAAAGUGGACAUUGUUAAAUCUGCUCCGUUAGAGAAAGUGAGUAAGCAGAAAAAACCGGAGUUAGCUGAGGCACAAUCUUCCAAAAUCCAAAGCAUUGCAAUUGCACAGCAAAGCGUACAACCAAUGGAAUCCAAAAGUCCUGCAAAUAAAUUAUACAUUUCCAUGAAAACUCUUACCCAGUCAAAUUUUUUACUCAAUCAUAUAAAGCACCAUGUCCAACAAGUUGAAAAACAGCAAGCGAUAUUAGAACGAAUUAAAUCUGAGAUUCUACAACAACCAAAGCAUAAUCAUGCGAAACGAAAUGAUUUAGUUGUACAACAAAUGUCUGUGGAAGAAUUACCAAGCCCUCAAAGCCAAUCAGCUAUGAUAACGGUAACGCAGCGUAUACAGGAAGCAAAAGAUUUAUUUUAUAGAGAGUUUAAUAAGAAUAAUACGCUUCCAUAUGCUCUACGUUUCCAUAAAGGUCUCAAACGUCAUAUAAUCGAAGCGAUUCUUAAAAUGUCAUUCGAAGAAUUCAAAAAAUAUACAAGAAUAUAUGAUGCACCCGAAAUUUACGCGGACGACGAAUUAUUAGGUGGUUAUUACGAGUAUGCGAUUAAGGAACCUAAAAUUUGGCCGCUAAAUCUUUAUAUACCUCUAAAAUACUUAUUUCACUUCAUCAAAUCAAAGGGUGUUACAUUCUCUGAACAAAAUUUAGAAGACGUUUCGCCAAUGCUCCUACAUUGGCAUGAACUGAGUACUAGAACAAAUUUUGAUGAAAUUAUGCGCUGUGAUUACUAUCGUUGUAGGGGUGUAAAAUUUAAUAAACUCACAAACCUAGACACUUAUCGUAAAGCAUUUUACGAGAAAUGCUGGCAACACAACAUUUGGUUGCGAGAGACACCCAAAGUAUUGAACAAAUUAGAUAAGAAUCAGGUGAUGGAAAAGCAGACCACGCUGGAAGCUGAAUUUAAUGAAGAAAUUGUAGAAGCUCAACAUUCUAGUGAAAGCGUCACCGUACCGCAGGUGAGCAAUUUUGAUGGAGGCAUAGCCGCACAGGGAGUGACCAAUGGCGAUAGCUCAGAACCAAAUCAAGUAAGCAAAGCCGCUGAAAAAGUAGCUGAAAACGUAAUAAAAGUUGGAAAUGUUGAAUCGGCUAUGGAUGUAAGUAGUGGCAGUGCUGAGUAUGAAGGUGAAGCAAAUGCUAAUUCGGAUACGGCAAAUCCUAGAGAAAAUGUAGAAGCGCUCAAUAUAAACCCAGUAGCACUCCCCGAACACAGACUGACUGGGGAAGUAGCUUCUCAUACAACUGCUGCUAAAAUAACCACAACUAGACAAGAGUCAGUCGUAAAACUAGAGCAAAAUUGUGUGCGUGAAGAGUCUGCAAGUUUACAAGCAGCAUCAACAGAAAGGAUUGAGGAACCCAAAGAGCUUAAUGAGAAUGUUACAGAUGACAGCGAAGUGACUGCACAGCCAGCAUCAGCAACAAUGGCUGAGGAACCCAGAGUGCUUAAUCUGAAUGCCGUUACAGACGACAGCGAAAUGAUUGCGCAGCCAGCAUCAGCAACAAUAAAUGAGGAACCCAGAAAAUUAAAUCAGAAUGUCAUUGCUGACGAGACUGUACAACUAUGUGCUUCCGGCGCUGAGAAAUCGACUUUAUUGGAAGUAACUACAGACUCACAUCAGAGUGACGACACGGACGGUGGACAAAUGCUUUCACAGCCACGCGUGCAAAAAGCAAUAGAGUUGUACUUUGCCGAAGUUGAAAAAUCUUGCACGCUCCCGUAUCUUUUUCGUUUUCACAGUGGUUUAAAGAGGCGUAUAAUUGCUGCCAUUCUAAACAUGUCCUUUGCAGAGUUCCAACAAUAUACGCAUGUAUACGAUGCGCCAGAAAUUCACAAGGAUCUUCAACUUCUGAAUUGUUGUUAUGAAUAUACAAUAAAGCAUCCACGAGUUUGGCCUAUUAAUCUUUUUGUGCGCGUGGCUGAUCUUUUUCAGUUUCUCAAAUCAAAAAGCGUUAUACUUCCAGAAAUUAAUUUAAAGUAUAUUUCGCCAAAGCUACUACACUGGCAAGAUCUAAUUGCGAUGACGAAUUACGAUUACAUCGUUAUUUGGGAUUAUUAUCGAUGUACUGGAAAGAAAAUUAAUAGGAGCAAUACUUCUCUAGAACCAUACCGUCAGAAAUUUUAUGAAAAAUGUUGGUUUUAUGAUAAAUGGAUAUGGAAUACACCAAAAUUCCUAUCUAAAGUACUUAGCGAUGUGGCGAUCGAGGAAAGACCGUCAGUUGCAGAAGAAGAUAACGAAAAUACAAACUUCGAGAGAUCAGUUGUUUUCCAUGCUGUGGAGCGGGAGCAAGAAACGUGUACACGUAACGAAGUAAGAGAGCCAACGUUUACGGCGGUAACCGUGGCAGCAAAUAGUGGGCACGAAAUGCAAGCAGCUGUGGAGGGUAGUGCACAAGAGGUGGUAGCAAAUAACACACGAAGGUGUAAAACUGUCGAUGCGGCAAUUCAAACAUCACAGGGACUUCUCGCCACAUAUAUACGUUCCGAAUUGCCAAUAGCUGUGUGUGACCAAGCAUUUGUACAAAUUCCUAUCGGUCCGGGCAUACCAUGCAAAGAUAUUAAAGAAGAGAAACUUGUUCCGCUCAACAAACUUCAAUUUAAUCUAACUCAAGAUGAGGAGCAUUACGAAUGUGUGCAAGCACCCGAUGAAAUAGUCGAUUUAGACACCACGUUUCAAUCUUCCCAAUCGCAAGAGUCAACAUUACUGCCCUUAUCGAAUUCAGAAAACUUAGAUUCAAAUGAUGCCAAUGCAUUAGUGUUGUGUGGGCCAGUGGAUAUGGGCGCUUUGCAUAACUGGCCACUGGCAGCUGAAACCAAUGAAAGUCAAAUGCCUUUGAGGCAAGACUCGAAUGAGUUGCACUCGCAACAAAAUCAAUUGAUAGCAGAAAGUACAAUUCUUUUAGAAAAUGAAUCUCAGUCACAAGAAGGCACACAAAAGCAACAUGAGCAACGUGAACAGCUAGAACAAUCAUUAUCGGCAGAGCAAUGCGUGCAAACGAUACGAACGCAGCCAACAGAGAUAACUCAACCAUCUUUGGAACAGUUACAAGCACAACUACAGAAUCUGUGCCCGUUGCAAGAAGAACAAGGACAUGGAAAAACAGCACAACAAGAAAGUAUUACUCUUAUUACAACAAAAACAUCAAAUGAAAGAUCCAGCCAGCCACUUCAAUCAGAAGUUUCGCCAGAAGUUGAGCAAAAGCCGAAAGAACAACAAAAAACAAUAAGGAAUACAAGUGAAUUAUUAACGCAAUUGGCAGUACAGAAAACAUCGCAAUUAGAACAAAAAGCCAUGCUGAAGCAUGUAAAACAAGAGAAAGCGAAAAAUUCAGUACAAAAAAAGCAAAACGACAUUGCAACCGUAGCUACGCGAAUAAUUCAACCCACGUCGUCUCGCCAUCAAAAGCAACGAUCCGUGGCCCAACAAAAACAGCUGACAGCUGAAAAAUGCACCCAACCAGAACAACAAGCGGCGGAAUCUCGAAUUCAGCGCGAACCCCAAACAAAAGAACCAGAGAAAGACAGGCAAUCGGAAACACAAUCAAAGCAACAACCACUUCUUCUAGCAGCGCAUCAAAAUUCAAAUCAGCAAACAGUAUUCCAGUCUACACAACACUGUGUACAGCAGCAUAUGCAACAGACUCAACAAGAUCAAGAAAUCGAAGGCCAACUGGAGGCCUUAUUGGAAGAACGAAGGUGUAUGCAGUUGUUGCCACACCAACAACCGCCGACACAGCGGCAAGCGGCGGCACUACCACCAGAAAUAACAUCGCAACACAGGGAUAUAAGUCAGUUGCCGCAGCCAAUAAAUGAUAAUCUAUCAGUACAAAAACAACUGACAGCAGAAGAUGUCGAGGAAAAUGUGCAGACGAACGCCUAUAAUAAAAUCGAAAUCAUCUCUCAACAGCUGUUACGAGAUUCAACUGCGCAACAGCAACUCGCUCCACCUCAACUGUUUCUUCAGCGUACACACACACAAGUUCAAGAACAAUUUAUGCUUAGACCUUCUGGCAGUGCGACAAGAAAUUUGCCAACUAAUGUACCACCUUUGGUCAAAAUAUCCAAUCAACCGAUACAAACUUGCGCUGCUAAAACGAGAACCGUCAAGACUGCAAAGUCCGUUGCGGCACGCAAAACAACAAAACACAGCGAAUUUGUGCCACAGCUCACACAUGUUUUUCAACCACUUCCAGUUGCUUUAAAUACAAAGAAGGCACCUUCCAACGCUACAGCCACAGCUAUUAUCAGUCUCCCCUCCACCAGCAGUCAAAGUCCAAGUACUUUGCAACAAAGUCAAUUAACAUCAGCUAUGGGUGAACAGGUCAUAUCCGCAAGUAGUGUUACGUUGCCUCCAUUAAAUACAAAUUCUUUGGUUUUAACGUUGCCACCGCCGAUAUCUUCCACCAGCACCAAUAGUUCCAACUCAUCAUAUGUCUAUACGUUAAGUGGCGAUAGUACGUUCUUCAAUAACUCCGAGCUGUUAAAGGUGAUUGAACAUUACCAACUGCAGCGUAGUCAAGAACAACAACAACAACAAGAGCAGCAGCAGCAGCAACAACAACAGCUGCAACUACACCAACAACAAUCCCAAUUACUGUUUGGACAAUCACAAAUAGUUCACCUACCACAACCACAAUUUGAACAGUUGCAGCAAGUGGAACAGCCGCAGCACCACCACCAACAAGUGCAAUUGUAUCAACACUCGCAGAUAGAGCAACAACAACAGCAGUAUCUUCAAAAGUCAACGCCAAUGGUGCUAGAAAGCAAUGCGCCACAGCAGCACCAGCAGUACCAAGUGCUACCUCAACCGCUGAAUCAACCACUCGUAUAUCAGUUACUGGAUGUGACACAGGCAUCGCGCGAUAGUGGUGGACAGCAGCAGCAACAGUAUUCGCAGUAUUCGCACUUGCAAGAAGAGCAAUCACAUAAUCCGAUUCAGUGGCAAGUGCAAGCGGAAACUACAAACCGAAUGCAACAUUCUCCUAUCCCAGAGCACUCAUUACAUCCACAUUUCACCACCGAAAUGUCGCAGGAACAUUCCAUGGAAGUGCACAAUUAUUCCAUGACAAGGUCAUCAUCGUCAAAACCAUAUCCACAUAAAACAAUCGAAAUGUUGCAGGUAAAUGUUAGAGAAGAGCACAAUUAUUCCAUGCCACCAACAGCACAAAAAUCAUUUACACCACUACCUUCACCAAAAGGCACUUGUCGCAUGCGACCACAAGCGCGUCUCAAGCCGUUUCUCUUUCGUAUAUUAGAAAAAUUGGAUUAUUUUAGCCAGGUGUCAACAGACAACAUUGCUGAAUACCAGCUGCAAUGCACAAGCAUUGGCAAGCCAUAUUUGCAAGCGAAAAUUCGCACAUCACACCAGAGGCUUGUUGUGAGUGGUGAUAUUUUAACCGAACUAUUGCCGCGUUGUAGGCCAGCAUUGAUAAACGACUUGCUGCUGGUAUUGCAAUAUCUCGGCGAAUUUCACUACAAUACAUGGGAACAAGGACAGCAACGUAGAUUACUUUCAAAAAGCUCACACCGCACUCUUCACACCUUAAGCGCACAAACACUGUUAUUGUUUUUGGAAUUCUCAUCACCAUUUCAGAGUAAAUGUUUAGAUUUGCUAAAUAACUCAGGAAAUUUUCUACAGCGAAAUUUUUUGAGCGUUGCUGCUGCAGCAAGAGAGCCACCACCUAUGCGGGCAACCCAUAAGUUUGACGAUUUGAGUUUGGCCAUUGAUCCAAGUAUAUUGGAAGAGAUGGCCAAACUUAAGCAAACAUUGUGAAAGUUUUUGAAAAUUGUUAUGUAAAAACCUGUAACUGGAAAAUCUGCACAUACGGCAUGUUCUAUACUAAAAAAAAAUCAAAAUGUAUAACGAAAGACAAGCAAAUUAUCGUUUACAGACUUUUCAUCGAUUUGGACUUGACUCAAAUUGCAUAAUUUGUUGAAUAUUAAAUGAGUUUUUUAAUGUUAUAUAAUUGAACUAUUUGGUUAGAUGGAAGCAUAACUUGAGUGAUUUGACAGCCCGUUCAACUUCAAUGCAAAAAUGAUAUAUCCUAAUACGAGAGAGAAUUCAGAGAAGAGGCUCGAAAUUAGUUGGUAUUUCGAUGUGAUAAAAUUGUAUUUUAAAACACAAAUUGAUUGCAGGAAAAGUUAACGAGUAUGUAGCCUAUUUCCGUCCAAAAUAUAUUGUAAAUUCUGUUAAGAGCUCUGUUAAGUUUCAGAAGAAUGCUUGAUACUUCCAGGGCAAUACAGUUAACGCAAACAGCUGCUAUUUGCGGUCUCUUGAUAACUAUUGUAUUUCUAUCUAAAGAGUGUAAUCAGCAAGUUUCACCUGUUUGGCUUUUUCUUGUUUCCCCAAACACUGGAACUAUUUACGUCGUUUAUUCCUAAGCGGCCGCCGUAGCGGGAUACGGUACACUAGACAGGGUUAGUUUACUGGGGCGGCAGCCCUUGGUCGGGGAAAAACCCGAGUCAUUCCGGUAACGUAGAACCGGCUGCCAUGGGAAUGUGGCCGCCGUAGCCGAAUGAGUUGGUGUGUGACUACCAUUCGCAAUUCAGAGAGAACGAUGGUUCGAAUCUCGGUGAAAGAUCAAAAUAAAGAAAAUGUUUUUUCCAAUAGCGGUCGCCUCUCGGUAGGCAAUGGCAAACCUCUGAGUGUAUUCUGCCAUGAAAAAGCUCCUAAUAAAAAAAACCAUUGGCCGUUCGGAUUCGGUUUGAAACUGUAGGUCUCUCCAUUUGUGGAACAGCAUCAAGACGCACGCCACGAGUAGGAGGAGGAGCUCGGCCAAACACCCAAAAAGGGUGAAAGGGCCUAAAAAUAUACAAUGCGUUAAAUAACUAGCACUAGGAUUUUGACAAGUUUAAUUUAAAUAUAUUUUUUGAAUAUAUAUUUCAUACUCCUACAAAAACUACAUAAAUCCCAGUUUCAAACUUAGUACAAAUUAAAUUAAAAAAAAAAGUUAAACAAAUUUUCAUCAAGAUUUCACACUUUUUAAUUCCAUAGAAUAAAAAGAAAUUCGGGUUGUAAUCUUACAGCUCAUUGAUUUUUCUUAUAAAAGAUGCAAGUUUCAAGUGGCUCACAACUUGCGUUGAUUUUUAAUACAUCUUUUUUGACAGGCUAUCUUGUGCAUUUUCUGAAUAUAACGAAUGCCGUAUUUUUUUUAUAUAGAACAAAAGACCCAACAUUGAUAUUUAACGUAGCCCAUAUUUAUGCAGAAAUUAAAUAUAAGUAAUUUUAUGUACGAGAACUCAAUUAAUUAAUGCUUCCUAUUUUACUUACAUAGUAACGCCACUGGCCGCGCUUUAAGGCAUGUUUAAACUUGUAAUUCGACUGUUAACAUAACAUUUUAAAAUAUUGUUGGCUAGCACUGUUAACAUAACAUUUCUUUACUCAAUUGGCUACCACUGUUAACAUACAAUUUUAAACGCUGUUGGCUACCACUGUUAACAUGCAAUUUUAAACUCUGUAGGCUACCACUGUUACAUAAAUUUCUCUGUUAGGCUCUGAGCUAACUACGUUUUGAAAGAGAGUUCACAAGCUUUGAUGCAACUCAUUUGUUGUUGUUAUAGAUGAAAAGUGCUGCCAUUAUGAAAUAGUGAGUUUGAAUUGAUACAAUUUUCGUGGUUUAUUGUUAGGAGUGUUUAACAGAAAAAAUAUUGUACAUAGAAAGUCUGUGGCGAGAGAAAUGUUGCCCAGUUUAAUGCGCAUAUUUUUAGAUAUAGGUAUAUAUGUAUGUGCAUAUGUACAUGACUGAAUUUUUGUCGAAGCUAUUUAUCUGACUAUAGAAUUUUUUGCUUUUAUAUAGAUAAAUUUACGAUUUUUGUAUAGCUUUUCUUGAAUUACAUUCCAUAGCUACAAGGGGAAUAUUUUGCCCUUUGCACUCGCAGGGUGAAUCUCGCUCAUCACUUUGUUAGGUACGGAAAUUGUAUGGGCAUGCAUCUCGGCAGCUGUUAUAUCAAAUAUCGUACAAAUAAAAAUUAAAUGUGUAAGAAAUUAUCUUCGUAAAGAUGUAAAGAUACAUUAAAUAUUAAAAUAUAAAAGUUUUAUCUGC